AUGAAGUCGGGCUCGAUCGUCUUCCUCAGCCUCGGGGCUCUUGCAGCUGCCGCCCCCCAGGUCACGCUCACUCCACUCAGUGGUCCUAUUCCUCCAGUUCGGAGUUCAGAGGUUACCGGACCGACGUCUCAUGGACCUUUCUCGGGCACUCCUACCGUCACUGGAGCCUUGUCUCGUCCUGCGACUGCAAUGUCCAUAGCCCCAGCUGGUUCGCCUGUUGUCACAUACACUAACGAUAAUGGCGACCUCCAAGCGACCUAUAUGCCGGUGCCAUACCAACCUGCCGGUGGCCAAGGUCUCAACGGCACCACCCCAUACUACCAUCCGCUAUCCGACUUCGACUACGAGUCACUCACUUUGGCCUUGUACCAAGAAUGGAUCGAGUUGGAUCUUUUCCACAACGGUCUUGCUCGAUUCUCGGUCCAGGACUUCGAGGCUGCAGGCCUUACGGCGGAGGAUCGGUUCCUGAUCGAAUUCAUGGCAGACCAAGAAGUCGGUCAUGCGACUCUGUUGAGCAACAUCCUGGGGCCUGCUGCGCCACCUCAGUGCACGUACAACUAUCCGUACAACACUGUGCGAGAGUUCAUCGACUUCUGCCAGAAGUUGACACGCUUUGGCGAGUCCGGCGUCUAUGGGUUCCUUGGACACCUGGAUUCUCGCGAAUCCGCCACGCUUUUGCUCCAGUCCAUCUCCACCGAAGCUAGACAACAACUCAUCUUCCGCCAGUUCGACGGCCUCUUCCCCAUGCCUGUCUGGUUCGAGGUUGGCGUGCCGCAGUCGUUCGCUUGGACUUUGUUGGCACCUUAUAUCUCUAGUUGUCCGGCGAACACGACUCGCUUGGCUUGGCAAAACUUCCCUUCUCUGACGAUCUUGAAUCAGCCAAACCCUGCAAAGACGAACCCGAACUUGGGAACUCCUCAGCCGGCCACAGGCUCGAACCCCUUGAACAGCAGCGGCAUUGCUGACAGUAAUCGAUGCAUCCAUGCCUCAGGAGAGUCAUCAGAUUGUGGCCCAGCCAUCAGUCAAAACCGCUCCAUUCCUCUGUCCUAUCCCGGACGUCCGAUUCAUCUAUCCUGGGGUAACGUCAACCAAACCGUGGGCCCAAACAACAGCUAUGUCACGAGUCGCUCGCCUUUGGCUGACGCGCCUCGCUACGCGAUGUUUUUGUCGCAACUCAAUGCCACCUACGUCCCGCUCCUCAACAUCAGCGGGAAUACAGCCUCUGUCAUCCAGCCGAACAUGAGCACGUUUGCAGGAGAUCCAGCAGUUAACGGCACAAUUUUCAUCUCAGUUGUCAGCCAGAAUCCCUACGUGACACCUUUCAACGUCAGCAUGGUGCUUCCAUAUGUUUGGGCAGGGCCUAGUUUAUACCAGGCCGGUUAA